AUGGAGAAUGGCACAGGAGACGAGCAGAACCAGACGGGGCUGCCACUGUCAAGCCAGGAGAUCAUCACAGCUGAAUACCAAGUGGUCACCAUCCUCUUGGUCCUCCUCAUCUGCGGGCUGGGCAUCGUGGGCAACAUCAUGGUGGUUUUGGUGGUCCUCAGAACCAAGCACAUGAGAACUCCCACGAACUGCUAUCUGGUGAGCCUGGCCGUGGCAGAUCUCAUGGUGCUCGUGGCUGCAGGGCUCCCCAAUAUCACAGAGAGCCUCUAUAGAUCCUGGGUCUAUGGCUACGUGGGCUGUCUCUGCAUCACCUAUCUCCAGUACCUGGGGAUCAACGCUUCCUCUUUUUCCAUUGCUGCCUUCACCAUUGAGAGGUACAUCGCCAUCUGCCACCCCAUCAAAGCUCAGUUCCUGUGCACCUUUUCACGAGCCAAAAAGAUCAUUGUUUUUGUUUGGGCUUUCACCUCCAUGUACUGUAUGCUCUGGUUUUUCUUGCUAGACCUUAAUACAGUAGCCUACAAGGAGACUACUGUUGUGUCCUGUGGCUACAAGGUCUCCAGGAGCUAUUACUCUCCUAUCUACAUGAUGGACUUUGGCAUAUUUUAUGUUUUGCCAAUGGUACUGGCGACUGUGCUCUAUGGCCUGAUUGCUAGAAUACUGUUCCUGAACCCCAUCCCUUCAGACCCAAAAGAAAACUCUAACUCCUGGAGGAAAGAUGUGGCUCACCAAAGCAAGCCUGUGAAUUCCAAGAUGACUGACAGGAGUUUCAAUAGCACUGUUGCUUCUCGAAGGCAGGUUACCAAGAUGCUGGCCGUGGUUGUGAUCCUGUUUGCGUUCCUGUGGAUGCCCUACCGCACCCUGGUUGUGGUCAAUUCCUUUCUCUCCAGACCCUUCCAAGAAAACUGGUUCCUGCUAUUUUGCAGAAUCUGUAUUUAUUUAAAUAGUGCCAUCAAUCCUGUAAUUUAUAAUCUCAUGUCCCAGAAAUUCAGAGCAGCCUUCAGGAAACUGUGCAACUACCAGCAGAAACAGGAGAAGAAACCUGCCAGUUACAGCAUGGCCCAAAAUUAUAAUGUCAUCAAGGAUUCUGAUCAUUUCAGCACUGAGCUGGAAGAUAUUACCAAUACCUACCUGUCCUCUGCAAAAUUGUCCAUUGGUGAUACCUGUUUGUCAUCCAAGGCCUGAGGCCCACCUUGUUCUGAGUAUGCAGCCAUAUAAGACCUUUGGAUGCUCUGCUCCCACCAAUUGUAUGAAUUGUGAGGACCUUUCUGCUCACAGAAUUGCAGAAGCUACCAUAAAUCUUUAAAUAACUGCAUCCACUCUACAAGAAAAUGCAGCAUCUUGGGGAGUGAAAAGAGUAUAUAAUAGAGGCUAACUGAAUGAAGUAACCUAACUUUAGGCAGGUGAGUUGGCUUCAGCAGAAUAUCUAAAUCCUUCUUCCCAUUAACUGAAGAGUGGUGUGUGAUCUCAGAAUGAGCAAGGACUUGUCCAUGGACACAGAGUGGGGCAGUGGAUGAUACUCCCUGUGAAGGUGAGAGGUGAGGAGAGGAGCUGCUCUAAUGUGUGGCUGCACUGGGCAGUACCCAGGGGACCUUCCAACAGCAGCCAAAAUUGCUGCUACUAGCAGUAAUUAUCUGCAGUGACUCCUCAUCCCAAUUCCAUGCAAAUCCCAUUGCAGCCAUCACAGCACGCUUCAAUAAACAGGUAUCUGAUGGCAAAGAGCACAAAAUCUUUCUCUUCUUUGUUUUCUUUUUUACCUUGAGUCCCUUGAAAUAGGAAGACCAUUCAAUGAAUUUGCAGCAGGGAGCAAACAAAUUAAAAAGUCAGUAAGAAUAUUUUAAGUCAUUUAAAAUAUCUGAUUUUUUUCAGCAAUCAGGUUUAUAGAUGUACCAAUUUAAAUGUAAGUCUCAGCUAUUAGUGAAUCCUGUUGGAACUUGACAGAUAUUGAAGAGCAUGCAACAGGCUUUUACCAGCUCCUUUUAUCUUGGUUCAAUACCAAUUGUAUCUAAGAGUGCUAGAAGGGGUUUAGAGCUUUAACAUCAAUAAUAUUCGAUGCAAAAGAGCAAAAUUCAGAGAAAAAUUACUCUUUUUAAAUGUUUUGUCUCAAAGUUUAUCGUAAAAAAUAUAUACUUGAGGACACAAAGUGCUGUCAGAAGAGAAGUCAUGGCUUUUUACUUGCCAGCACAGCCCCUUCUCUGCUCUUCUCACACAGGCCCAUGAUAAGCAGCCUGGGGACAUAGUCUCCCUGAUGUAGCUGCAGACAAAAUACCCUGUAUUGCUUUGGCUUUGCUCUAGACCAGCUCUUGUUCUUGCUAGAAGUACAUUUUCUCACUCAGGAAAGCACCUGUGUAUUCCUGUUUUUCCUGAGCAUUUUGCACAUCUUUUGCACAUGACAUCUAAACCUGUAAAAGACUCAAUUCACAGAAUGGCAGAAUAGGCUGAUUUGGAAGGGACCCAGAAGGAUCAUCGAGUCCAGCUCCCAGCCCUGCACAGCCCCAUCCCCAAGAGCCACAAACCUGCCCUGUGUGAGUGCAAGAGAUGGCCUCCAAAGCAUUGUAAGGCUUUCCUAUACAGUAUUCUUUGCCUACACGGCCUCUUCCCUAAUUCAAGCCACUUUCACGAUAUUCAACUAUAUUUGCAAACUUAAAGAGAACUAAAAAUACCAUGAUAGGCCUCAGAUUUUAAUUUUAAAAAUGUGAACCUGUGUCUGCUGCAUUUGAAGGACUCUGUUGGGCAUUCUCUACAAGGCAAGGAGGAAGCAAACAAAUUGCCUAGAAAGGGUGUGGAAUCUCCCUUACUGGGCAUAAUCAAGAACCAUCUGGGCUCAGCCCUGUGCCAUGUGCCCUGGGAUGACCCUGCUUGAGCAGGGGGUUGAGCCAGAUGACCCACUGUGGUCCCUUCCAACCUCACUCUGUGAUUCUGGGAUUUUGCAAACAGUAAGUCUGUGUCCUGCUCUGUCUGCCUCCUUGCUUUAACUCCUGUUUUGCUUUUGCAGAGCUCCACAGGCACUUUCCAGCUUGGCAGAGUGAUGGCAGGGCAUGGAAGGGACCAGCAGCAAGGAGGUUUUAACCAGCAGUGUAGGUGUGACACAAUUCCAGAAGCUGGCAGAGCUUUGCCUGGAGCAGAGCCAGCAGUGGGGCCAUGCAGGACAGGUUGCAGUAUUUCCCAAAUCCUC